UGAAUUUACAGCGAAAAUGGUUUCCUUCGAGAUGACUGAUCGAAAAAAGAUUGGACUCGGAUUGACUGGAUUCGGUAUAUUUUUCACAUGCCUGGGAAUGGCCUUCUUCUUUGACAAGGGAUUGCUUGCAAUGGGAAAUAUCCUCUUCUUGUCAGGGGUGACUUUAACCAUUGGAUUUAAGCCCACGAUGCAAUUCUUCAUGAAACGUCAAAAUUAUAAGGGAACUAUUUCUUUUGGUAUUGGUUUCUUCUUUGUGAUCAUAGGGUGGCCUAUUAUUGGCAUGAUUUUGGAGGCAUAUGGGUUCAUCGUACUCUUCAGCGGCUUCUGGCCAACACUGGCAGUUUUUCUUCAGAAGAUUCCGGUUCUUGGCUGGCUGUUUCAACAACCAUACGUUAGAUCACUCUUUGACCGAUAUCGUGGCCGACGGGUGCCUGUGUAAGCCAGGAAAUAGAGUGCCACUAAUCUGCGGACAGGCGAGGCUGUAAUUUCUUGUAAAAUACAUUUUAGAUGGCGCAGCAUAAUUUUUUUAUUUU